AAUAUGUUUUUUUAAGAUUUUCUUUUUUAUGAUAACCUAAGUAAACAAAAAAACAUGGAUUUCAUUUUCAGUUCAAAACUAUUUUUUCUAAACUGACGAUAUCUGACGACACAUUGUGUUUUCAACAAUCCCUCUCCUAAAUCCUGUUUCCUAGAACUGUUAGGUGGAAGCGUCCAAAUUCGUCACAGCGAAAUUGUUUUAUGUCUCCCACAAUACCCUAUUCGGUUUCUACUGGUACCUCUUAACAAGGGUCCUGCGAAGGGGGUUCUAGUGCAAUUAAAGCUCCCAUUUCAGCUACGGAAUGCGUGCAAUCACAGCAUGCUGAACGUUAAGCAAAAAAGAUAAAUUCAAACGGUUCUUUUUGCUAAGCCUUCGUUCGCUUCCGCACCAGCUUUCUGUUAAUGAUGCUUGUUCCUGUUAAAGCAACCGUUAUUUCUAUUGCUUAACCUUUCAAAGCUUUUACCGAUGCUGUCUCCAUGCCCUACGAGAUGACGCAGUUGAAGGUUUUACCUUAAGUGUUUUUUAACUAUACUGAAAUACAGUUUCAUAGCUUUGUGUGUAUAAAUUCUGCGUAAGGAAGGUUGUUGGUUCAAUUUUUGGGAGUAUCAGGCUAUCAAAGUACGAAUAAAUAUUUUUCGCUUUACGGUUAACCUUAGGCAGCUAUCUGGUUCGUCAGUGGCGGUACUUGCACGCUUAUAUGGCUCAAAUUAUUAUUAUUUUUAUUAUUAUUAUUUAACGAAUGUUUAUACAGGAUUUGCAUGUCAGUAUAUAAAACACUGUUAUAAAUAUGCGUCCUGAAAAUAAAAUGUUAAAAAUAUUAAUAUUCAUUUAAAAUGGUUAUAUACAAUAGAUAAAAAGUAAAUAUGUAAUGUGAAGAUUAUGUAUAUUUGUACGGAAUAAAAUGAGAGACAAAAAGAGAGAAAGACUAUAUCGAGAAAAACAGGGAAACAAACUAAGAAACUGUCACAAAACGGUGCACUAUAUAGAGUCCUCAGUUGAAAAAGAAUGUUAACACAAAACUCAAAAAGAUUGUGUCAAAAGCUAAACCAGGCUGUAUGGAAAACACACUCACAAAUACACUUAUCAAACAAAAUGUGCUUGACACAAAGCUUUAAAUUCCUCAAAAAUUUCACAUUGCCUAAUUCCAAUGGGUAAAGAGUUGAAUAAACUCACACCCAUUGAAAAGAAGCUUCCCUUUGCAAAUUCUAAUUUCACUUUAGGUAUAAAUAAAAGAAAACCGUUGUUUCUUGUUGUUCUUUGAUGACGCUUCACAGUGAAGUAGUCUUGAAAGUUAUCACAGACAUUACCAUCCAAACAUUUUUUAACAAACAGCACAGCUCGUUUUUCAAUUUCUUUUCUGAUCUCAGGAACAUUUUGUUGAGUCAGAAUUCUAGCACGAUUGUCAAUGGAUUCGAGUCUCUUUAUUUGAGUAUCACUGAAUUUGAGCUGAACGUUACUGCAAUAGGAUAAUCCUGGUAAAAUAAUAGCUGUGUAGAUCUUUCUAACAGCAUCCGCAGUAAGACCCAUUUUGAGUGAACUUAACAAACGUAGCUUGUUCGAAGCUCUUUUGUAAAUCGUGUUGAAGUUUUCGUUCAUGUUCAAAGAUGGAUCCAAAACAGUACCAAGAUACUUAUAAUGUGUAGUUGAAGAUAUUGGAACGUCAUUGUAAUAUAAAUUCAUUUGUCGUGAAUACAUCGAGAGUCGUUUUUGAGUUCCAAAUACCAUUGACUCGGUCUUUCCUUUUCUGAGAUUUAUUACUAAUUCGUUAUCUUUGAGAUAUUCGGCUAUCUUCUCGAGAUCGUAAUUGAACUUGUCUUCGAUGUCUUGUAACCGUUUGCUCGCAAAAUAUAACACCGUGUCAUCUGCAAACUCUAUGACUUCAGAAUAUUUAACGCACUCUUCAAAGUCAUUGAAAUAAAGUAAAAACAAGAUAGGUCCUAAGAUGGAUCCUUGUGGUACACCACAGACAAUACUUUUCUCUUCGGAUGCUACGUUGUUUACUACGCAAUACUGCUUUCUAUUGAAGAGGUAGUCUGAGAACCAAUUCAAAGCAAUUCCUUUAAUACCAUAAGAACAUAAUUUUGACAGUAAUAAUCCAUGACUAAGAGUGUCAAAUGCUUUUGACAAGUCAACAAAAAUUGCACCAACUAGAUUGCCACUGUCUACUUCUUUCCUGAUGUUGUCCGUUAAUAACGUAGUCGCCAUCUCCGUUGAUCGUUUUCGACGGUACCCAAAUUGAUUUCGAGAAAGUAAGUUAUUUGAUUCUAGAUAAUCAAUUAAUUGGUGAUGAACAGCACGUUCUAGAAUCUUGGAAACUAUAGGAAGAACUGAGAUAGGUCUAUAGUUUGUUUCUUCAGAUGAAUUUCCUCCCUUAAAAAGUGGCGUAACUUUUGCGAUUUUCCAGUCCGACGGUAUUGUACUGGUACGCAGCGACAGGUUUAUAAUGAAUGCUAAUGGUUGAGAAAGGAGUGUAGCAGCAUCUUUCAAAACACCCGGUGGUAUGUCAUCUGCACCGGUGGCUUUCUUUCUCUUCAAAGAUUUUAAUUCUUUUUCGACAAACACUUUCGUGACGUAAUGAAAAUGAAAGAGUUUAUCAGUCCUGGUCGAAAUUAUUGGAGUAUAUCUCCAUAUAAGGUUUCGUAAUGGAAAAGCGACGUCCUUCAAUUUUCUAGCGCAAUCUGAAAAGUAUCGACAAAAUUUGUUAGCGUAAAGAAGUUUUUCAGCUGCAUCCGGCUGAUCACUAUUUGUUGGAGAUGAUGACUUUCCUGCAGGAAAUAUGCUUUUGAUUGUUUUCCAAAACUUACGAGGAUUAUGCCGGUUUUCCACUAACAAGUUUUUCUGAUAACCAUUUCUUGCAACUCGAAUUUUGUUGUUACAAAGAUUUUUUAAUUGUCUGUACAAACACCAAUCUGACGCUUUCUUCGUUUUUCGUGCCUUUCUCAAGAGUUUAUCUCGAUUGUUCAUAUGUUUCUUAAUUUCAGCACUCAACCACGGACAGGAACGUCCUUUUACCAUUUUGGUUAUAACGGGAGCGUGCUUGUCGAUUAUAGCAUGUACUGUUGUUUUAAAAUAUUCCCAGGAACUUUCCACGGAACUCAUUUCAUACAUAGGUUGCCAAUCAUGAUUAUUUAUGUCUGUGUUCAAUUUUUCAGGGUCAUAUUUGUUGAAAUUUCGACAUCGUGUGGUGCGCGAUUUAAACUUUUGAUGGUUAACUUUUCUUACGCAACCAAUACAAUCGUGAUCACUCAGACUCAGAGGUAGAACGUCCGUGUGGGAGAUCGUCGAACUUUUGUUAGUAAAUAUCACAUCAAUUAAUGUUUCAGUGUCUUGCGUUAUUCUCGUGGGCUUUUUUACGAGCUGUACAAAUGAUUGCAAUUUGAAUAUAUCUUUGAUUUCACGAUGAUCACCUUGUUUCAAAUAAUUCACAUUAACAUCGCCCAUAAUGAUUGUUUCUAGUGUUAAUUUAUUAACAGCUAUUAACAUUUCUCUUAAAAUUUCGUUAAAACGAGAAUUCAGAUAUAGAGAUGAGUCAGGGGGUCUAUACAUACAGCAUAUAAGAAAACUUUUUGCGUUUUUCGGAAAAAUUUCGAGCCAGAUACAUUCAAUGUCAUUCACCUCUAGAUCUUCCCUCCUUUUCCAUGUCAAUUGUUCCGAUAUAUAAGUGGCCACACCUCCACCUUUCCCAAUUUCUCUACAACGUGAAAUGAAGUUGUACCCCGGUAUUGUGUAUAAAUCGUUGUUAUCAAACCCACUCUGUGCUUCGAUGUGAGUUUCAGAUAAUGUCAAUGUAGGCUUUAUAUGCACCAGAACUCUUUUUACCGACUUUUCGAGCCUUCCUGUAUAAAUAUUUAUCAGGAUGAUAUUGCAAAUGUAAUAUUAACUCAGGACUGAUAGAUGUCUUUACAAAGAUUUACUAAAGUUUGCGGAAUUUUGUACUUGCGCGCGCAUUCUAGGUAAAAAAACAGGAAUAUGUAAGGUAAAAUGACUAUCAAUGUAAUUUAUUGGUUCAAAGAUACAAAAGACACUAAAAUGAAUCUCUUUAGCAAUAUUCUUCUCUUUUUCUUUUUGGUUGCUUCAAGCGUUUGCUGGUUGUUAUUGUUCAGUCACAAUUCGUAAUUUUGGUAAACAUGGGUAUUGUUCUCCACGCAAAAUCAAAACUCCACGUUGCAUGCAGAGUCGUUUAUAAACUGUUUAUAAACAUCCUAUCAUCUUUGUCGCAAUGUAAGAAAUAUGAUCAACCUAUUCCCUAGGAAAUUUUAUAUCAAUUCGAGUUCUAAAAUCAGUAGGUAUUGCCUUCACAGGGAUCUAUCUUUCAUCUACACUUACUUAAUGUGACGAGUCAAGUUACAAAUCCAGGAUGACGAGAUUGCCAUGAAACAAAAACUCUGUUAUAAAAAGAACAAAUAUGUUUUUUAUAUUUUUAAAAAAUUCAAGAUGGCGAGACAAAAUUCGCAGCAAGGCUGUAAAUACUGACAGAACUAAUGUUUUUGUUUGUGAAUGCAGAAAGCGGAAAGUUAUAUCUUUUACACUCGUUGGAACAAAACAAUCCAAAGAACAUUUCUUUCAGCUCAACUGCGACUUCAUUGACGGCGAUAGUUACCAUAGUAGCAAAUCAAUACAAAAAAUGCAAAAUGGUGAACCAUUACAUGACAUGGAUCGCAAGGUAUGGUUAGAAACACUGAGAAGUCUUAUAGCAAGAUACGUAGAGACUAAACAAAAUCUAGUGUUAGCAUGCUCUGCUCUUAAGGAAAUUUACAGACAAAAAUUGUCGUGCAGUUCUUCCGUAUGGUUUGUGUAUUUGAAAGGUUAUAAAGAACUGAUCUCGAGUCGUUUGAAAGCACGACAGAAUCAUUUUAUGUCACCAGCAUUGCUUGAUUCACAGUUUAAUGCAUUGGAGGAACCUCAAGAAAACGAAGAACGAAUUUUACUUGUAAAUAUCACUAAUAAUGUUACUGAAGUUGUUGAUUUUAUAACUAAUUUGUUAAUGGCAAAAAAAAUCAUAUAAUAUUUUGUCGAUACUACCUGUGCGAAUUUCUUCAUUGGUAUCAAUCGGAAUUAAAGGAAAAAACCCUUCGCAGCUUUUAUUUUUUUGUAUCUUUUUGAAACGAACACAAAUAGGAAAAUUAGCUGCGAAGAGGGAAACAGAGGUUUGGAAAAUUUUUGGUUUAGGAUUAUCGUUCAAAAACAGAGAAAAAAAGAAUUUUAAGAAAAUAAUGUAUAUUAAACUAAAUACCCAGACAUUUGAAAAAUUUCAGUAUUGAGUACAAAGUUUUUUAGUUAAUAGAUGGGUAUAGGUAGCGUCAUUUUAAUGUAAUCACAUAUCAUAUAGCAGCUUAAACGUGCUGUAUCGUUUCGUCUUCCUACUGUUAUAUGUAUAUUAUCAAUAUAUUAUGUAUAACUAUGGUUCAGGGUCAACAUAUCAAAGUUGCCGGUCAUCUGCUGGUUUUGCUUGUUUUAAUUUUUGUGAUCUACAUACUUUAACUAUGAGCAUAAUGCGGGAAGCCAAAUGCACCUAUGACGUCACAACCAUUUUAAAUUGUUUUUAUUCGACAUCAGAGUAAAAGUGGAUAAUAAAAACACGUUACUGUUAUCGUCUUAUCAUACUCUUCCAUUUCAACCGAAAAAAACAACAAAUUUUUUACCUCUGUUCUCCUGUCAUUUACCUUUUUCCUAGAGAUCGCCUUCUAAAACCAUCAAGGUUGCUUGUUUUACUUAUUUAUUAGUUGGGGAUUUGAAAAUUUUCUGAUAUGUGUGUCUGGCGCAAGAACCAUAAAGCGAUGAGAAUAUACACAUAUGUACACAUAUAUUCGCCGAAUGCGUAAAAGAAGCCCGUGGAAACAUGCAUAGUGAAUAUGCAAGAGAGUGUUAAAAUGACCAAUGAAGAUAACGACAGAAAUGCUGAUACCCUAGCAUUAAAUUUUUUUAUUGAGAACUUAAACUAAAACAUCAUCUUCAUUUUGUGUGUGUGUUUUCUCAAUAUGCGGCGCAACAGGUCGGGAGAUAACUUGAAGACCUACUCGGCCGAGGGUCACCAUUUUUACCAUCAAUCUUUUUAUCUGAACAUUGUUCGGUAAAGUGAUCAUGUUCUGCCCGGAUAAUGAAAAUUGGCCUGAUUAAGUACGGCAGCUUGCCCCGGUUAAGAACAGGGCAGAAAAUACAUAAUCAGGGCAACAUAAUCAGGACAGGCCGGCUUAUUACUCAAAAAAUAUUAUUUGGCACUUAUAAAAGGAACAUAAUCAGGGCAGGCCGGUUUAUAUACGACAGUGUAAUAUUAUUUCUCACUUAUUAUAGAACGAACAUAAUCGGGGCAGGCCGACUUAUGUAUGACAGUCAAAUAUUAUUCGACACUUAUAGAACGAACGUAAUCGGGGCCGGCCGGCUUAUGUAUGACAGUGAAAUAUUAUUCGAGACUUAUAGAACGAACGUAAUCGGGGCCGACCGGCUUAUGUAUGACAUUUUUAUAUUAUUUCUCACUUAUUAUAGAACGAACAUAAUCGGGGAAGGCCGGCUUAUGUAUGACAGUCAAAUAUUAUUCGACACUUAUAGAACGAACGUAAUCGGGGCCGGCCGGCUUUUAUAUCAUUCGUGACAAGCAAAUAGGAAAGUAUCGCAAAUGAAACGAAAUUCGCAAUUUACGUGGAGCCUUUUUUUCUUUCGCCAGACAGGAUGUCUAGUUUCUUACAAAUUCGAAGAAAACGUUCGAAAAAACUUUCAUUUAAAUUUUCCAAUCGUCGGAGCUACACUAGUUUUAGUUAACCAUGGAAGUUCAUCGCCAAAAAUUUGAACAAUUUGCCCAGCGUUACACAGGCACUGGUAAAAGACCAACGAGUGGCACAAUAACAAGAGAGUUCGGGAAGAAAAUUUCCCAGAACUUAAAAAGCAAUGAGUCGGACAGUAAAAAGGGUACAGAAGCACGUCGCUUCAGAUUAUUGACCCAGAAGUUUAAGCUGAUGAACUGCGAAGAGCUGGGGAUGGUGGAUAUUUUGAUUGUGCCUUCACAAGAAGCUGUAAGUGAAAAAUCGUGAUUUCAAAUUUUUAGUUCGAUGUUCAACAAUGUAAGUAAUUAUUAUAACCGUUACUUUUUUCAGAAAAACCAUACAAGUAAUCAAUCGAUACCUGAAGGUUACUUAAGAGUGGCAUACGUAGAUGAAUUCUUUGACAUCAUACGCUCAAUUCACUGUAAUGAAUUAAAACACGCUGGUGUGAAAAAGACAUUCAAAAAGGUAUUAGUGUUUUCUUAUCAGAAUUAAUAACUAUAUUUACAUAAAAAAUUGUACCCUAGACAAAAUAUAAAGAUUGAUACAAAUAACUACUCAAUUCGUAUUUUUCCUACUAAGGUUUCAAGUUCAUUUUGGGGUAUCCCAAGAUCGGCUAUUGAAGAGUAUAUCAAUCUUUGCGAAACUUGCCACUUAAAACAGCCACAGAAGACUGUACCGCCAAUCAAGCCUAUUAUAUCAAAUGGCUUCAUGAAACGC